UCUCUGCAAUGGCGCAAAAAUCAAAAUCCCGAAGUGUUCGUGAUUGAUGUUGAUAACGUUCGGAAACCUGAGCUUGUCAACCAAUUUACUUCGCUCUGUGAUUUGACAUCUACAUCUCUAGAAUCACAAAGGUAGCUCUUAGUCUCAGACUGACACACAAUGGGAGACAGUGAUGUUUCCAUCCUCAAGGAGGAGCUGGCCCAGAAAGAUGGCAACUUGAUGAAAGCUGUAGAAAUUGGGAAGGCUCUCCUGGAAGAAAACUCACAGCUGAAGGAGCAAAUUGAAGAUGUUGCUAAGAACUAUUCCAAGAAAGUGGAGGCCAAGGAGCAGGAGCUGUAUAGUCUUCAGAUGAAGUACGACCAGAAAGCCAGUCUGGAGAAGUGGUACAAUGAAGAGAUCACGUCUCUCAAACAGGAGAUGGCAGUUCAAAGGGAGAGAAUCACUGACGAACUUGAAGCAAAGCUUCACCAGGAAGCUGGACAGUUUAGAAAACAGAUAAGCCAUCUUCAGGCAGACCUUGAGUUGUCCCAGAAUGCCGAGCGUCAGUUGAGAGAGCAUGUGAAGCAGCUUGAGGAUCUGGUGAAGGAGCAGAUGAAUGAGACGACCAACAUCUCCCGGUCCUUCUACAGCGAGGAACUGGGACAGGCUCAGCAAGAGAUAGUCACACUGCAGAAUGACAAGACAGCCUUGAAGACCCAGAUGAUUGAGAUUGAAGCGGAACUGAGACAUUACAAAGAGGAGCGAGAACUACUCCGGUCUCAUCUGUGCAGCAAGGACGAGGAAAUUGAGGAUCUGCAGUGUCAAGUGACUUCAUACUGCAACAACCAGGAGAGGUUCCAUGUGGAGAUCCUGGACUUGAAGGCCCAGCUGGAAGCUCUGAGGAUGGAGGCUAGCAGCCACGACUCCAAGGGCAACUCUCUCUUCUCUGAGGUUGAAGACCGUCGUGUGGUUGCAGAGAAGAAACUGAUCUCACUGAACGUACAGAUUGAGAUGCUGAAAGAAAAAUGUGAGAUAGAGAAACAACAGCACCACAAACUCAAGAUGCAGAUGGUGAUGCUACUGCAGAUGAGCGGGGGACAAUCAGACAGGGAAGCAGUCGACAGUCUCCAGUCUCAGUUGUCUGAUGCUAACUCACAGAUAAAAAAUCUUGCCACAAAAAUUGAAGAGUUGGAGAAAACAGGGCACGGACAGGCUGACCACAUGGCCGCGUUCCACAAGGUGUUUGGGAAUGGCUCCAAGGAAGACUAUGUUCAGUAUCUCCACAACAUGCUCAAGGCUAAGGAGAAGGAGCUGGCGGAGGUGGGCAAGGAGCUUCGUGUGACGAGCAUGUUGUUGCUGGACUCAAAGAACAAGGUAUUGCAGCAGAGGAAGGAGAUCUUCACUGUGGAGGAGGAAAAGGCCAAACUACACAGCCAAAGUGUCAAACUCUACCUCCAGAAUGAAGAGUUGCUCUUGAAAUAUGACCCUGAGAAGUUAAAAGAAAAGAAACAUGGAAUGGUUUUCAAAAAGGAAAAGAUUCCGUUGGACGACUCUGAGGAUGAGACAGAAGAGGAGAAAAUGAAGAUCCGUGAAAGUCACGGCAUUGAAGGCCUUGAUGCUUCCACCAUCUUGAACAAGACAGGGAACAAAAGUGUGCUUGUGGAGAGUCAGCGGGAGAACGUCGAGUCGGGUGAAGACCAGCCCGGGAAGAAGUGUACAUCGGUCAGACUCCCGGGUGAAAGGAGUGUGUCUCUGUCCGAUGAUGUCACCGUGGUCAACUCGGAAGGAGAGAAGGAACAAACUGCCUUAGUGGACGAGGAGAAGCCAGGGAGGAAGGAAGGGGGGAAACCCAAGGCAGGUCGGGUUGUCACAAAAGUGAAAAUUUCAAGAGCUAAUCCAAACCAGGUCAAUGAAUGUAAAAACCAGUGAUGUUGUUCUCUGGAGGCUCUUGGUUUCAGUGUGAAUUUCCUGGGACCAUGUAGCUGCUACGUCUGUGUGAUGUAGUUUUAGCAAGUUAAGGAUUGGCCGACUAAUGAUAUACCAAUGUGAAUAUGUAUACAGGAAAACAAACAUGUAUACUAGUUCUUUGGAAGGAACGCAUUCAGCAUUCAGAGUGAUUCAGGAUGAAACACAUUUUGCCAGAGAAGACUGAUUAUCACAAGAGAACAAAAAAAACCUGGAUGCAGUUGUACAAAACAACCUUAGCGUUACGAAUGUCAUAAGUCAAUGUUAAAGUAUGGGAGUUACGAUCGUCUUAGCGCUACGACUGUCAAAAGUCUAUAUUAAAGUUGGGGAGAUAGGAUCGUCUUGGCGCAAGACUUUCGUAUGUCAAUUUUAAGGUAGGGGAGUUACGAUCUCCUUAGCACUAAGAUCGCUUUGUACAACAGUACCCUAGUCUUCAUGCAAAUGCAGCACACCUACAUCACUUCAGUGUUAUGGUUGCUUGAGGUGACUGUAUCUGUUGGCAGCCAUUGUUACUACCGGUACCCAAUCCUCUGUGCGGACUGCUCAAGCUGUCAGCCCAUGGGAGACUGAAUUGAUGUAACAAUUAACACACUUUUAGUCAACAAUUCAAUGUUUAAUGUAUUCUUUUACUGCAUAAGUUCAUACACAAGUCUUUUAGAAGUUACUUUGUCUUAGAUCAUUUAUUAUUAUUUGGAAAAAGAGGAAAUGCCAUUUUUAAUACAAGUUUCAUCAUGGGCUAUACAUCCAGGAUUAAUGUUGUCAACAUGAUGACAUUGCAGAAGGUAUUUGCAGUAGAGAGAAAAUGUUUUCCAGGAGGAGUUACCUCCCAUAGUUAAGAUAAUCAUUUGGUUGUUGAUGCUCAGACUUUGAAAUGGAGAGACAAAUUUGUAGAGUUAGCUCCCUUCCACCAUAUGGGAUGAGGAGUGCUGUCAUUGAUGUUUAAGUCUUGGACACUGAUCGACAACAAUGCAGUUGUCAGGCACAGCUUAUAUCGCGCUAGUUGGCUCAGGCUAACAUCUGUGGCUCUCACCUCACAGAACUUGUGUGCCUCUUCUAUCCUUUAGGUUAGUUGUAUUAGGGCUAGGGUAUGUUACCCCAACUCUGUCCCUAGUCCUUGGAUCCCCUUUGCCACCAAGUACCCCUUUACGAUCCUUAGGGUUAGGCACCCCUUUACGAUCCUUAGUGUCAGGCACCCCUUUACGAUCCUUAGUGUCAGGCACCCCUUUACGAUCCUUAGUGUCAGGCACCCCUUUAUGAUCCUUAGUGUCAGGCACCCCUUUACGAUCCUUAGGGUCAGGCACCCCUUUACGAUCCUUAGUGUCAGGCACCCCUUUACGAUCCUUAGUGUCAGGCACCCCUUUACAAUCCUUAGGGUUAGGCACCCCUUUACGAUCCUUAGGGUCAGGCACCCCUUUACGAUCCUUAGUGUCAGGCACCCCUUUACGAUCCUUAGUGUCAGGCACCCCUUUACGAUCCUUAGGGUCAGGCACCCCUUUACGAUCCUUAGUGUCAGGCACCCCUUUACGAUCCUUAGUGUCAGGCACCCCUUUACAAUCCUUAGUGUCAGGCACCCCUUUACGAUCCUUAGGGUCAGGCACCCCUUUACGAUCCUUAGUGUCAGGCACCCCUUUACGAUCCUUAGUGUCAGGCACCCCUUUACAAUCCUUAGGGUUAGGCACCCCUUUACGAUCCUUAGUGUCAGGCACCCCUUUACGAUCCUUAGUGUCAGGCACCCCUUUACAAUCCUUAGGGUUAGGCACCCCUUUACGAUCCUUAGGGUUAGGCACCCCUUUACGAUCCUUUGUUUUAGGCACCCUUUUACGAUCCUUUGUUUUAGGCACCCCUUUAUGAUCCUUAGUGUAAGUGUGACGUAUGGUGUGUGUUUGCUUUCUCUUUUAAGGAAUUAAUUCAAUGUAAUUUGAAGAAAACACAUUGAAAAUAUGUCUAUCAAGUUUUGAGUUUCACAGAGAAAAUAUUUGUGAAAGCGCCUGUAGUCCCGUGGUUAAGUGUUGACUCACUGACUCAUUUACUUCAAGCCGGUGAUGUGAGUUCGACCCUCGACGCGGCACUAAAUGAAUCUGAAAAGCUGCGCCAGGGGAAGUGCACUACUCCAAAAUAAUCUUAGCCAAAUGUAUUGAUACCUAGCAAUCUAUGCUUGUCUUAAGUGGCGACUAAGUGGAUCUGGUAGUCAGGAUUGGUGACUUAGUAUUCAGACGUGGCUGUCAUAUAGCUGGAAUGCUGCAUUUAACAACAAACAACAGGUCGGUGCUAAAGAUUGCUGUUACCAAAUUUGUUGUGAACAAUGGGAACACAAUUACCAUGACUAAUGAGAAAGACAGUCAGCCCUGAUUUGCAGCAUAUACUAUGUGUAUGUAACAUUUUAAGGUGUAUAUAUAGACAGAACUUUAUCAUAUAUUAAAAUGUAAUGAAAUAA